GAUUGUGAGACGAGCAGAGACCAAUGCUGCUGUUGCAGUAGCUAAAGUGGCAGUGGGCUCCAUUUGUGUACAUUGCUGGAUUUUAUCCAUUCUGCCUCUGUUCCCAUUCAGCCUUCCUACUGAAUCAUGCUGGACUUGUUGGCAAUGACUCCUGGGCACAAAAGUGAUAAGAAGAUUGGCGUGGCAAUAUACAAUUUCAGAGCUGCAAGAGUGCCACAGUUAUCUCUCCAUAUUGGUGAUGUAGUCCAUAUACUGGAAGACUGUGAAGAUUGGUACAAGGGAUACCUUGUAAGACAUAAAGGAAUAGAGGGAAUAUUUCCCAAAUCUUUUAUCCACAUCAAAGAAACUGUUGUGGAGAAGAAGAGAAAUGCAGAAAAUGUAAUCCCUGCUGAGAUUCCUUUGGUGCAAGAAGUUACCUGUACACUUUGGGAAUGGGGCAAUAUAUGGAAACAGCUCUAUGUGGCAAACAAAAAAGAUCGCUUCAGGGAAGUGCAAUCCAUGAUGUGUGAGUUAAUGGAGUGGAGAUCACAGCUCCUCUCAGGGACAUUGCCUAAAGAUGAACUCAAAGAACUGAAACAAAAGGUCACGUCCAAAAUUGAUUAUGGGAACAAGAUUCUGGAGCUAGAUCUGAUAGUUAGAGAUGAGGAUGGGAAUAUUUUGGAUCCAGACAAAACCAGUGUCAUAAACCUUUUUCAUGCUCAUGCUGAAGCUACUAAUAAAAUCACAGAACGAAUUCGAGAGGAGAUGUCCAAAGAGGAAUCUGAUUAUGGAACCUUUUCCCGAAACACUUCAUCUCCCACCCACAGCCUUUAUGUCUUUGUAAGAAAUUUUGUCUGCAGGAUAGGAGAAGAUGCGGAACUUUUCAUGUCCCUCUAUGAUCCCCAGAAGCACAUGGUGAUAAGUGAAAAUUACUUGGUGAGAUGGGGAAGCAAAGGUUUUGUCAAAGAAAUUGAUAAUUUCAACAAUCUGAAAGUGGUUUUCACUGAUCUUGGAAACAAAGAUCUUGGAAGGGACAAAAUUUAUUUGAUUUGUCAAAUUGUACGGGUUGGAAGAAUGGAACUUCGAGACACUAAUGCAAGAAAAUAUACUCAGGGGAUAAGAAGGCCAUUUGGAGUAGCAGUGAUGGACAUUACAGACAUCAUAAAAGGCAAAGCAGAAAGUGAUGAAGAGAAGCAACAUUUCAUUCCUUUCCAUCCAGUGUCAGAGAAUGAUUUCUUACACAACCUCUUAAGCAAGGUCACAGCACUCAAAGGCGACAGUGGCGGACAAGGACUCUGGGUGACUAUGAAAAUGCUUGUUGGAGAUAUUGCUCAGAUUAGGAAGGACUAUCCUCACCUCGUUGACAGAACAACAGUUGUUGCUAGGAAGCUUGGCUUUCCUGAAAUAAUCAUGCCAGGUGAUGUAAGAAAUGACAUCUAUGUUACUUUACUAUACGGAGACUUGGAUAAGUAUAAUAAAACCACUCAGAGAAAUGUAGAAGUCAACAUGUGUGUGUGUGAUGAAGAAGGGAGAGUGAUACCAAAUGCAAUCUGUUUAGGAGCUGGGGACAAGCCAGUAAGUGAACACAAAUCAGUUGUCUACUAUCAAGUCAAACAGCCUCGCUGGAUGGAGACAUUAAAGGUAGCGUUGCCCAUUGAGGACAUGCAGAGAAUUCAUUUGCGCUUUAUGUUUAGACAUCGGUCAUCUCAGGAGUCUAAAGACAAAGGAGAAAAGAAUUUUGCCAUGGCCUAUGUAAAGUUAAUGAAGGAGGAUGGGACAACUCUACAUGAUGGCUUUCAUGAUUUGGCAGUUCUAAAGGGUGACAGUAAGAAAAUGGAAGAUGCUGGUGCUUACUUGAGCCUCCCUUGCUCACGCCAUCAUGUCGAAUCUAAAACCUCAACUUUAAGUCGGAGUUCAAGCAGUGUGGGAGGGCUGUAUGUGAGCUCAAGGGAUUCUUUUGCCAUUUCAACUCUUGUUUGUUCAACCAAGCUAACUCAAAAUGUGGGUUUACUGGGCCUUUUGAAGUGGCGUAUGAAGCCUGAGCUCUUGCAGGAAAACCUAGAAAAACUGAAGAUUGUGGAUGGAGAAGAAAUUGUGAAGUUUCUCCAAGAUACUUUAGAUGCCUUGUUUAAUAUCAUGAUGGAACAUUCUCAUAGUGAUGCAUAUGACAUUCUUGUCUUCGAUGCACUGAUAUAUAUAAUAGGUCUCAUUGCGGACAGAAAAUUCCAGCAUUUCAAUACUGUACUGGAGGCUUAUAUACAACAACACUUCAGUGCAACAUUAGCAUACAAGAAACUAAUGACAGUCUUGAAGACCUACUUGGAUACUUCAAGCAGAGGAGAACAGUGUGAACCUAUACUAAGGACCCUGAAAGCCCUGGAAUAUAUCUUCAAGUUCAUUGUUCGGUCAAGGACUUUGUUUUCCCAGUUGUAUGAAGGCAAAGAACAGACAGAAUUUGAGGAAGCUAUGAGGAGACUUUUCGAGUCAAUCAACAACCUGAUGAAAAGUCAAUACAAAACAGCCAUUUUGUUACAGGUGGCUGCCUUGAAGUAUAUUCCAUCAGUUCUCCAAGAUGUAGAAACAGUGUUUGAUGUCAGAUUACUUAGGAACACAGGCUGGAAACCAUGCCCUAUAAAGACUUGGGGAGCUCGGUUUGCUCAGCCUGGACAAGAGAAGGUUAAGAGUCAACUCUUGUAUGAAUUUUACACUUGCAUUCCACCAGAAAAGCUACAGAAGCAAAAAGUGCAGUCUAUGAGGGAAAUAGUACUUGGGAACCUCUUUAAAAAACAAGAAUGCAGAGAUAUUCUGCUCCCUAUAAUUACUAAAGAGUUGAAGGAAUUGCUGGAUCCAAAGGAAGAGACACAGAUGCUGUUCCUAGAAAAGAAGUAUUGCAUUGAAUUACUCAACAGCAUCCUGGAGGUUCUUAGCUGUCAAGAUGCAGAGUCAACUUAUCAACACAUACAAGAAAUAAUGAUCCAGUUGCUGCGCACCAUUAACAGGACUGUCAUCCGAAUGGGACGAGAUGACACCUUAAUUAGCCAUUUUGUGGCUUGCAUGACAGCAAUCUUGAACCAAAUGGAUGACCAACAUUACUCUUCCUACAUUGAAACUUUUCAGACAACCUCAGAGCUAGUGGACUUUUUGAUGGAGACUUUCAUAAUGUUUAAAGACCUUAUUGGAAAGAAUGUCUACCCAUUGGACUGGAUGGCCAUGAGCAUGGUGCAAAACAGAGUGUUCCUGAGAGCCAUCAACAAAUUUUCUGAGACUAUGAACCAAAAGUUUCUGGAAAAUAUGGACUUUGAAGAACAACUGUGGAACAACUAUUUUCAUCUUGCAGUGGCUUUUAUCACCCAGGAUUCCUUGCAACUUGAACAGUUCUCUCAUGCCAAGUGCCUUAAGAUCCUGAACAAAUAUGGAGACAUGCGCCGUUUAAUUGGCUUUGCCAUUCGUGACAUGUGGUACAAACUGGGGCAGAAUAAGAUUCGCUUCAUCCCAGGCAUGGUUGGACCAAUCUUAGAAAUGACCCUUAUUCCAGAAGCUGAGCUAAGAAAAGCCACCAUCCCAAUCUUCUUUGAUAUGAUGUUGUGUGAAUAUAGAAAUACUGGAGAAUUCAAAAAGUUUGAAAAUGAAAUCAUUUUAAAAUUGGACCAUGAAGUAGAAGGAGGCCGUGGAGAUGAGCAGUACCUACAUUUAUUUGAAUCAAUACUCACAGAGUGUUCUUCAAGCAACACUAGAAUUGCCAAGACUGUUGAAACAUUUGUAAGCCUAGUAAAAGGCCUUUUGGAAAAGCUACUGGAUUAUCGUGCUGUGAUGAAUGAUGAAAGCAAGGACAAUCGUAUGAGCUGUACUGUAAAUUUAUUGAAUUUCUACAAGGAGAUUAAUCGUGAAGAGAUGUAUAUAAGGUACCUGUAUAAACUUCGUGAUCUUCAUUUAGACUGUGAGAACUACACUGAGGCUGCCUAUACACUUCUGCUGCAUGCUUCACUUCUGAAAUGGUCUGAUGAACAGUGCACUCCUCAGGUCAUGCAAACAGAAUUUCAGAGUUCACAAACACAUCGGCACCUAAAAGAGCACUUAUACGAGAUGAUUAUAGAAUACUUUGACAAGGGAAAGAUGUGGGAGGAAGCAAUAUCAUUGUGUAAAGAACUGGCAGAGCAAUAUGAAAUGGAAAUUUUUGAUUAUGAACUUCUGAGCCAGAACCUGAUUCAGCAAGCAAAAUUCUAUGAGAACAUCAUGAAAAUUCUGAGGCCUAAACCAGAUUAUUUUGCUGUUGGAUAUUAUGGGCAAGGGUUCCCCACAUUCCUAAGGAACAAAAUAUUCAUAUAUCGUGGCAAAGAAUAUGAGCGGAGAGAAGAUUUUCAAGCACAAUUGAUAAGCCAUUUCCCAAAUGCUGAGAAAAUGAAUACUACAACACCUCCUGGAGAGAAUAUCAAAAACUCUUCUGGUCAAUACAUACAGUGCUUUACAGUACAACCAGUUUUGGAAGAACAUCCACGGUUCAAAAACAAACCAGUGCCUGAUCAGAUCAUCAACUUUUACAAGUCUAACUAUGUGCAGAGAUUCCACUAUUCAAGACCAGUCAGAAAAGGGUCUGUUGAUCCAGAAAAUGAAUUUUCUUCUAUGUGGAUUGAGAGAACAUCCUUUGUUACAGCUUACAAACUCCCUGGAAUCCUACGUUGGUUUGAGGUUGUCUCUAUGUCACAGACUACAAUUAGUCCUCUGGAGAAUGCUAUUGAAACAAUGUCUAUGACCAAUGAGAAGAUUCUCGCCAUGAUUAAUCAGUACCAGAGUGAUGAGAACCUUCCUAUUAACCCCCUCUCCAUGCUUCUGAAUGGAAUUGUUGAUCCAGCAGUAAUGGGAGGGUUUGCUAAAUAUGAAACGGCUUUCUUCACAGACCAAUACAUCUGGGACCACCCUGAGGAUCAAGAGAAACUAAACAGACUCAAAGAUCUGAUUGCUUGGCAGAUUCCAUUUCUUGGGGCUGGCAUUAAGAUCCAUGAGAGGAGAGUUUCAGAUAGCCUUCGUCCUUUCCAUGAACGCAUGGAGGAGUGUUUCAGGCACUUAAAGGUCAAAGUGGAGAAACAAUAUGGUGUCAGAGAAUUGCCUGAUUUUGAUGACCGGCGCCUUGGUCGGCCAACAUCUAUGCUGAGGUCAUAUCGCCAGAUGUCUAUAAUUUCACUGUCCUCUAUGAAUUCAGACUGUAGUACACCAAACAAGACUCCUGCAGAAAGCUUUGAGCUGGAAGUCAUGUCACCAAAGACAACCAACUCAAUGUUGGACGAGAAUGUACGCCUGAUCAACACCCAGCCUGAAGUUAAGAUGAGAAGAUCCAGGAGGAGAGGAAAGAGGAGCAGUGUGGUAUUUGCAGAAGAAAAGGCAUCUUCUGAACUUCCUGACAUGAAAUGUCUGUCAAGAAAAUAUUGAAUUUAUGAGUGACACUAACCUAUUGAACA